UGACGGUGAUAGGUCACGGUGUUUUUGAAUAUUUUGUUCAAAUAUGUAUUAUGGCAGUUUUAUUUGUAAAAUUUAUUUAAAGUUUGUCAAGGAACUUUGAAAGUGAACUAUUGUUUAUCAAACACAUUUAAUUCUUUUCAAAGCUGGUUUUUGCCUUUUUGUUCGAACAAGGUAUCACAGUAAUUUCUUAUCGUCAAACCACGGUCGUUACUUAUCGUCUAAUUUAUUGAUAAAAUAGUAUGUAUACUAUCUACCCGAUUGUAGUUCCGUUUCCUUGACCGUUUCUAUCAAAGUCAUUUGCCAUCCGUUCUUAAUAGGACGUAUUAAAAUGUCGUUGUUAAUUUAUUUGAAUCCCUUUACACUGUUUCGAGACUUUGUUCGUGCACCGGUGGAAAGUUUUGUUAAUGACCAGUAUAUGGGGUAUAAAAAGAAAACAAAUGAAAGUAUCACCAGCGUCAAAGAAUUAAUAUAUAGAGCUAGUAUUUUAUUAGUGUUCUUCUCUGCUAUAUUAUGGAUAUCAAUAUUUAUGUAUAUAGCAUUUUACUAUACAUAUAUGCCAAAUGUUACUCAUGUAAGGCCUGUUCACCUACAAUUUAAAUCAUGUGAGGAUCAAAUGGGCCUCUGUUCAUAUCCUUAUGCUUAUGUUCAGCUAACAAAAGCCAGUUAUGUUUUAAUGUCAGGGCAGCCCUACAGAAUCAAGUUAGUCAUGGAUGUGCCUGAAUCACCUAACAAUAAGGACCUAGGUAUGUUUAUGGUGUGCCUACAAAUGCGUGGAAAGGGAGGUACAUUAGUCUCCUCUUCAUGCCGAUCAGCCAUGCUUAAUUAUAGAUCGAAAUUGCACUACUAUAUCCGUACGUCGUUAUUCUCACCGCUAUUUCUACUUGGAAUAGAUGAUGAGCGACAGGAAAUACAAGUGGAGCUGUUUAGCGACUUUCAAGAUGAUCCAAACAGCCCAGUAACUGAUGCAUACAUCGAACUGCAGUCUCGCUUUGUGCAAGUCCACUCGUGUUCAUUGCACGUCGAGGCUCACUUUUCGGGGCUACGAUACGCGAUGUACUAUUGGCCUCGGGUCUCCGCCCUCUGCGGAAUCUCCACUAAUUUAUUCUUUACAUCAUUCGUGUUUAUAUUGAGCUGGUAUCACUUACAAGAUGGCCUGCCUGAGUUUAUAAAGAAUAAAUUCAAGACAGAAGUCAAAAGUGAACCAGGUGAAAAGAAACAAGUUAGUAAAGUGAAACUUGAACGGAAAGAUUCAUUUCCCUUGAUCGAAGAAGAGGCUCUAGCUAUUCUAGAAGAAUAUCAAACGUUGGAGAAGAAGACGACGUAGACUGAUUUAUAUAUAGCUUUAAUUUUGUCCCUAAAGGGAAACUGUGACAUUGUUUUAGACUGCGAUUACAAAUUUAUUUUUAAUAAGUUGAAAAGUUUAUCAAAUCGUUUUGUCGUAUAGUACAUAUAAUAAAUUUUGUUUUCCGUUGCAGUAAUAUAAUAGUUUUAUAGCUAAUGUACCUGUCGAUAAGCUGUAUACUGAUUUCAUAAUAUAAAUGAGAUUGUUGUAAAUUGCAUUGUAAAUAAACAAUAGAAAUUCUAUAUUUAAAAAUCUUUAACAAUUGUGAGCUUUAAAUGUAUUGUACUAAGCACUGUUCCUAAUAACAUAUCUGUUUAAUACAGUUUAUAUUUGAAAUAAUGUAAUUUACAAAUUACAUCUAUUCUAAGGGUAAGAGGUAGAAACGAGACAGCGCUAAGUCAGACUCGUAUAUCAAACAUAAUUUGAAUUUGACAUACAGGAGUCAGGUUUCCGUCUCGUUUUGAAUCUCACCCUAACUGUUACAGUUAUCUAUGUAUUCAGAGAUAUGUCUGAAGAAUGAAGACUUAUGUAGGUUUGAUAUAGUUCUAUACAAAAUUUAAAGUUUUCCUAUAAUUGUACAACUAUAGCUGCACUUUCACAAGCACUGAACAAAUCAGACUUCGAUUCAAAAAUAUUUAUUAUUUAAUGAAAAAAGUAGAAAAUUAAUUUUAUAUUUUAAAUACUGGAAGAGUUGCCAUGUCUUUAAUAUUUUUGACAUUCAAACAAUGAAUUAGUGUUACGCAGAUUAGUAUUAGUAAAUUUUAUAACAUAAUUUAUGAGCACUGUUAUAAGUAAUACUAUAGUAAUAUUUUUUUAUUUGGUGAUUAAAUAAUAA